AUGGAGACCACUAUGGAGACUGAUGCAUCUUCAUCGAAAGGACAAGAUGCCCCGAAAACUCAGCCGGAAAAGCUGGAGGGGGAGGAGGUACCGCAGACAGCGAGUCCAGCCCCGAGCUCAACAAGUUCCUUGUCGCGCCCACAUUACGCACCGCAGUUCUCCGCCACUACCGAGAUGAUAUUGAAACGCAUACGGGGAGAACCAAACAACUUGAGCUCGGCGAUAUCCUCUGCGUCGGCAGCUGGCGCAAUAAAGCAGUCGGCAUACGAGGAUACUAAACGUCGCCUCGUCAUGAGCAUGAACACAUCUCUGACUCUGCCUAUGCCGGCUUCGAUACCAGUCCCAGCUCUGGCGCCAUCUCGCAUGAUGCCGAAGAAAGAGGGUUCUCAAGCAGGUGCUCUACCAUCGCUGAAGCCCCGCGGUCGCCCUACAAAGUUGGACAAGAAAGGCAAGGCACCGCGCGGGGCUAAGCGCAAACGAGGGAAGGACGAAGACGAUGCCUCCUCCGUGCUGAGUGACCCGUCAGAGAGCGACGAGGAUGAGGAUUAUCAGAACACAGCCACCCCAACUAUGACCAAAUCUGGUCGCCAGAUACUCAAACCGACACAAUUCAACCCAGCAACAGGGUCAGGAGCUGGGAAGAAGAAGCACUAUGGGAAGAGAACGCCCGAACAAGCGUUGUGCAAGGUAUGCACUCGUGGACUCAGCCCGACGAGUAAUCAGGUCGUGUUCUGCGACGGUUGCAACUUCUGCUGGCAUCAGCUCUGCCAUGACCCCUACAUCGAUGACGAGUUCGUUAGUGAUGAGUCUCGUUCAUGGUUCUGCCGGAACUGUUUGGCAAAGAGGGAGAGGCAUCUUGCGAAGAAGAAGUCAAUGGACGGGUUCAAGGGUGUGAGCUGGUCCACCAAAAGUGCUGACCAGAGAAGGACGUAUCUCUCAGGUCUUCCGCAGGGACAGCUUGUCAACCUUAUCAUGUACAGUCUCGAGCUACACCCGGACCUUCCCCUGUUUCCCGAAGGUUCUGGUGCCAGAAGGGGACGUCCUCCUGCGGUGCAACCAACCGCGGUACGGAUCGCCGUGGAAUCCAACGGCCCCGUCAACUUCUCAAAGCUGUCCACUCCCGACACGCCGUUGAAGCCGCAAGCAGAUCGGGAAGGCUCCGAGGAGUCCGUACCGCCGGCAUGGCCAAAGGCGGGAUCGGGAGUGCUGGCCAAACUCGCUUUGAACGAAGACGAUUUCCAGGAUAAAAAUGAUUUCGAGUCCUUCAGUGUUGCAACGUAUGAAGCUGGGAAGAAGAUUAUGGAGAAUGGGAUGCCAGUGUCCAGUCAGGAGACAGCUGACCGAAGCAGUGGACUUGCCUGA